AUGUCUGUUGCUGAGAAUACAAGGAAGUUUGAAGAUUUAUGUCGUUUUUCCAAGGUUUGUCAAGGGAAUCCAGCAGAUUUUGAAGAGUGGAAAUGUUUGAAAUUUGAAGGGGGACUCCGUGAAGAUUUGUUGAACUCAGUGGUUCUAUUGGAAAUACGAAAUUUUGCGGAGUUGGUUAAUAAGAGUCAGUUAGUAGAGGACUGUGCUAAGAAGAUAGUUGCAGCUCGGAUGAAUCGCCCAGGAUCUUUUUUUCAGAAUUAUAAUCGGUAUACAGCUCCUCAGGGAAGGAAUUUUAAGCAGGGAGCAAUGCCUUCACGAAGGUACAAUCAGAAUAGAAAUGUUCAUGCACGUCCUACAAGAGGGAAUGGAGGAAGAAUGAGACAGGAUAUGGGUAAGCGACCUCAGCAGGCGCAGAUGCGACCAGUAUGUAGGCAGUGCAAAAAGGAGCAUGGAGGUAGACCUUGUCAGCUUACAGGCGUUAUCUGUUUUUCUUGUGGUCAGCCUGGACAUAUGGCUAAGGACUGUCCGAAGAAGCCAGUACAAGGAAUAGAUAGGCCGCGACAGCAAGAACGUGUGUUUGCUAUGACUGCUGAUGACGCAAUGAAAUCAGACUCCCUAAUUCAAGGUCAGUGUUAUGUCAAAUCUCGACUCUUAACCGUACUGUAUGACUCUGGUGCAUCACAUUCAUUUAUUUCUGAGACUGUUGCGCAUGAGUUGGGAUUAGAUUUCACCAUGUUAGAUUAUAAUCUAAUUGUUCGUACACCCACAUCUCAAAAUGCCUUGACUAGUCAAGUAUGUCAAUAG